UUUGUGUCGUUGAGUGGUUGGGUGAAGUGAGUUUGCUUUUCGAUCGCCGCACCAGAGAAGAAACUUUGCGAAGACGACGAACAACGACGGUGUGUGCGCGAUUUUCAAGCCACUGCAAAGAGCGCGUUCGCGUUACGUUCCAUGUUAUUUUGACCCUGGUGUGUAAAGCGCGGAUCCGGAAUUAUCUAGGCACGAAAGUCUGAAAGUUGUGAAAGCGGUACAGGAGAACGCAAAUUGGGAGUAUGUCGGAUUCGAACGCCACUGCAGAAACUGCGGCAGCUGCUGCCCCAUCUCCAGCGGAAGCAGAGGUGAAAACACCGACCAAGCGUACGCCAUCUAAGCGUAAAAAUGAUGCAUUCCAACGGGAGAGUGAGGAGUUGCUGAAAACUAUGGGCAUGGAUCCCUCGGAGGAAGGCGGCCGGCGACGUACCCGUGCCAGCACACGUGGAGUCAGUGCCCCGGCCACGCCGGCUACUCCACCAGCCAAAAAGGCUCGCACAGCAGCCACGCCAUCGCGGAAGGGCCGAGGGAAAAAGGAUGAUGACGACGAAGAAAAAUCGCCGGAAUCGGAAGCUACAACUCCGAAAAAACGAGGACGUCCUGCCAAGGACAAAGUAGAAGAAGAGCACGACGAAGAGGAUGCUAAGGAGGGCGAUGAAACCGAUGGCAAGAAGGAAGAAGAUUCGAAGCCCGAUGCAAAUGAAGUGCAUGACGAGACAGAUAAGAAAGAAGAAAGCAAAACCGAAACUGUCGUAAAUAGUACGGAGAAAGAGGAGACGCCGAAAACGGACUCUAAACCGACCGAUGAGGCUCCCGAAAAGAUGGAAGUUGACCAAGAGGCAUCCACAAAGGAAGAAGCGAGUCAAGAGGACAACAAAGUAGAACUCGUUGCGGAGGAAGCAAAGAAGGAAGAAACCACCGCCCCGGAGGAGACUCCCAAACCUUCUGAACCGGAGCCCAUAGAGUCAGUGGAAGAAGAAAAGAAGGAAGAGUCAUCUACCCCUGCCACCGAAGAACCGAAAGAGGAUUCUGACUCUGGAUCGGUUGAGGUAGUGGAGUCGAAGACGGACGGCAACUGUAGUUCCACCCCAGCCGAAGAGGAAGUGACGCCUACAGUAGAAGAGCCUGCGACACCGGUUGCUAACGAUGUUGGUAGCACAGAGGCAGUGGAAAAAACGAAUAAUGACGUUGCAUCGGUGGAGAGCAGAGUGGAUGAAGCCAAGGUGGAGAACUCUGCAGAGCCCAAAAUUGUUUCAUCAGAAGCGACAACGGUCGAACCUACUGCGGCGGCACAGUAAAAAAAAACAGGAGAAAGAAGCAGAGCUGUGCUUCAUCUGCGCCACAACCACACAACCAAGAACAGCACACAUACAUACAGCAUCGUUGAUCAUAAUUUCCUCUGCGCAAUUUGUUAGUUUCUCGUCGAUAUAAUUAGUCAACCACCACAUAGGAAUCCAGUCAUGGAACGAAGAAAUCGCCUAUUGGUACUCUAUCAUUAGGUAUCUCCUAGCAGUUAUGCAUUUCUAACAUUUUUCCCAUGUUUUGACUUCUACAUUUGUUUAAAAUUGACUUAUUCAGCUCAUCAUCAUCAUAUUCGAUAGCGAACACAAGAUGGUUUUCUAAUCUCGUUAAACGGAUAUACUGAACAAUGUUCUGUUGGUUGCAGUGCAGCAGGAAUUUGAGUUAAACAAAGUCAUUACAAUUAGUAGUAUGUACAAUUGAUACAUAAUCAAACAGAUUGAUUCAUUGAUUAAAAUAAGCAACAUGAAUGUAUCAUUUUUUCAGUCUUUUUUAUGUUCAAGCGAAUGCAAUUAAAAUUUACUAGGACAGGCAUGGAAGAUAAACAUAGAUAUUAAGCCCUAGCCGGAUUUUGACCUGAAAAAUUAAAUGUAGAGUUUAUAAUAAGCUGAUUUCUUCAACUUCCACAACAACCACUACUAUACAACAACUGUAACUUAUAAAGCUAUCUUCUGAAGUAUGAGCUAACUUGUUCCAUGUUAUUUCUUCUGAUGUAUUGAAUUGCGUAGUACGGAACAAACUGAUGAAGAUGCGAAUGACAAUUUAGCGCGAUUUUUAAGUCCAAAUUGACUCACAGGAAGUAAAAUUUUGUUUCUAUUCUAUUUCUUCAGACGAAAACUACAAAGAUCUUAAAAAUUACAGAAUAAUAAUUUUGCCAUCUUAGAGGUAUAAUUUAUACAUUGAAACUAAGACAACGGAAGAUUUAUUAAAAUGACGUUUGGCUAAAAUAUGAGACUUCAGAAAUAUGUAUAAAAUAGAUGAAACCCUAUUAUCGAUUUUCAUAUUUUUUACCUUUGAAACUGACAAAACCUGAAAACACACAUCUACACAAAUAUACAUUGAGACAGACUUGCAGUGGUUGCAAUCGGGUCACCACAUGUGCAUAUUAACGUACCUACUACAUAUUACGUAUGGCGUGCGAGGGUGGGCGAUUGCAAAUCAAAUACAACACAAAGAAAAAAAUAAGAGAAAAUACAAAAAAUACAUCUUUUUAACUAAUGUAUAGGUUAUUUUAUUAUUGUGUCGUGAAUGAGACCGAAAGAGAUGAUAAAUUUAGUAAUAUGGACAAACA